AAAUCCAAACACCCCAGCAGCAGCAAGCUCCAAUAGUGCAUGCUCCAGCUGAGGCACGGGUGAUUCUGUACAUUCAUCCUGUGAACUGGCACACUCACUUGCCAAGGCUGCUGAACUUCUUCUUUCCCAUCUUCAAACACAAAACCUCCCAGUCCUUUCGUGGGAACCACUUAACCAAGGGAAGGCAGACCAGAAAUGUGAUCGUCACAGCUCACACUAACACCAAGGUACGUGCCUAAGGUACACCAUCGUUAAACAUAAAGACCAAGCCAGCAAGUGUAUAAAUCUGGGAUUUGAAGAAGUGAUAAAAAGACAGGAAACUCAAGCCCAUGGUUAACACAAAACCUCAUGAUUAAUAUAACACAAAUGCAGAUGCUCAAGGACAUAUCCUGUCAGUCUGGGGAUGUAAUAGGCUGGCACUAUUAAAGCAAAAAUGGUUUCUAGCAAAAACUGUGUUUCCCAGAAUUGAAUACACCUGGGGUGGCCACUGUACAUAAUAUUUCUCACAAUAUCUCUGCAUCAUAUUUCAGAAGUUCAAUUGGCACCAACCUGUUUUUCUAGAUACAGGCAGGGAAGAGGUUCAUUUCCUAAUGAUGUGCAGUUCUGUAACUUCAUUAGAAACCUUUCCUCUUUCAAUAUUUUAAUAAAAGCUAGAAAAGCACCUGUUUUGACACCAACUGUCCUUAGUAGCAACAUUUUGCAGCACACAAUCUGAAAAGGUCAGCCUGCCAGACAAUAAUACAUAAAGUCAAAACCUGUUCACUACGUUAGAGACAGACAAUCAACGACAAAUCAGGUGUUAGCUUGUUUAGUACUCAGACACCAUAACUAUUACUACAAUAUUAGCAUAACAACCAAAUAAACACAUUCCAGAUAUGCAUUUUAAUCCAUUUACUAGCAUCAGCCAUGCUCUGCUUUGAUUCUAUCAAUACAUCCUGCUGCGAAAAGGUUAAAUUGCCUUUUCAACAUCAUGUACAAUCAGCUCUGGGACGCACAGCUCACCGCAGACCUCUAAACAGGAGGCAAAGACCGACACCAGUUGCCUGUCAGAACUUCUCACACAUCUGUUACCUUUCUGUGGGCAGCUUCAGAAAAUGGGGGGAAACCAUUCCAAAGAACAGUACCAAGGAAAUCCCACAGCACCAUGGACUUUUUCCAGAAAUUUUUAAUGGAUUAUGUAAAAUAACACAGAAGCAAUUCCUGUCCACAGAAAAGACUUAAAAUGUUUUUGUUUCAAGGACAAUCACUGGAUGUUUAAAAUUUCUCGUGCUGAAAGCUGCAUUAGGUCCUCAACAUUGGGCAAUCAAUAUCCCCACAACCUAAACUGUGAAAUUACUACCUCCCCAAGGAGAAAAUUUUCGGGACUUACAACUCAUCUCAAAACCUCAGUAAAAUGACACCAGCAGAACUUCCCUGAGAUGUUCUAUUACCCUUCAAAUACUCAUGAAAACAGACUUGCUUUCACUAGGACAGCCAUCCAUGAAAAUCUGGGGUAAAACCUCUAAAAAAUGGCAACGUGCACAAAUGCUACUUUCCACAGCAGGCACAAUCCAGUGCUCCUUUGAGUGGCUAAAGGCUGAGCAGCACUCGCUGGCACAGCCUCUUCUUCCACACCCAGCGAGGGCCCAGUGCGGCAGCGCCGGCCUUCUCAGAGAUGGGCCGGGACACGAGAGAGCAGAUGCCAAAAAGGGUCUGAAGCUGUGCCAAGAGAGGUUUACAUUGGACAUCAGGAAGGACUUUGGCCCCAAAAGGGGCAUUAGAUGCAGGAAUGCUCCACCCCGGGAGCACUGGUGGAGUCACCAUUGUGGGAGGCAUUCAAGGGAAACCCGGCCAUAGCACACCGGGCUCGGGCCUGCUUGCCAUGGUGGCCACGGGCCACAGGUUGGACUCGACCUCCCAGGGCACAUCCAAGCCAGUGCAUUCCGUGAUUUGUGACAUCACAGCCUCUGGAGACAGCAUGGUAGCUGGCAGCUGUCCCCAGCCGUCCGUGUCCAGAACCCAGGCAGAUCUCGGCGUGGAGCGACGUCCAGAGCUUGUGUUGUGGCGGCAGUUCCUCGUGCAGAGCACCAUGGCCGGCCAGGGCUUCUCCUGGAUGCUGCAGCUGUACAUGCUGAUGCUCAUGGUCCAUCCCCUCGACCCCUCCAGCCGUCCUGAGCGGGACACGGAUGCCUGGUGUCUGCUUCCCGAGGAGCUGGAGCUGCAUGACAUGGGUGAAGCCGCCCUGUGGGGGGACCUGGCGCUGGUGUCCUGGACCUGCUUCCUGGGGGAGCUGCUGAUCACAGGCCUUGUCCUGGGAUGCUACCUGGGCAGAAGGCUCUGGAGACGCCGCAGAGAGGAGAAGCGCCGGGGCCGCUCGGCCCGUGCCGGGCCCCGCUGCUGCUGCCGGGGACGCGGCUGCUCCAGGAAGCUGAUCCAGCUGCUGAGGCACAACCGCGCCCUGCUGCGGCUGUGCCUGCGCCACCGCUCCCAGCGGAGGCCCGGAGCCGAGAGAGCGGCACCGGGGCCCGACUUGAGAGAGGAGGAGACCCCGGCCUCCCCCAGCGCGGAGCUCCGGCCCCAGCGCGCUGCAGAGCCCUGCGGGGAUGUGUGACCAGCGCCCGGCCCGGGCGCUGCGACAUCCCCAUCUUAGGAGUUAGAGACGCCCCAUCCCCGACGCCUUUUCCACAAGAAGCUGACAUUGCCCUCGGUGUUCCCUUUCUAGAAGUAGAAGUGUUUUAGGCAUAAGAUUCUUACUCCGUAGUCCCUUUCUAAAAGUAGAAGUGUUCUAGGCAUAAGAUUCUUACCCCGUAGUCUUGUAGUCACCCCGUAGGGUAGAUUUUAGGAGCAGUCAAGUGAAUAAAGUUCACGUUCUCUGCGCUGUGCUGUGCCCUUUUCUGGACACGCCAUCCCGGAGGGGACACGGCGAGUGAUGGGUUCGCACGGGAGCUCCAGCCUGCCUGGAAUGAGAGCCUGAGUGCUCCAGCAGGGUCUGCACGAGUAUGGAGAGCAGCUGCUGCACAGGGGAUGGUGGGCAGUAUUCUCCUGCCUCCACCUUCCCGGGAAGCUUGGAGUCGAUCCCCGCCUGCACUGUGCCGGGGGGCCCCCAAAGGCCCCGGGAGGUGUCUGGGUGGCCCCCAGAAGGUGCUUGCAGGACCCCGGGGCACCAGGGAAGGAGCA